GAGUCAAUGAUUGUGAACAGCGUCUCACUGUGCUACAGCAACAAACUCAUCUUAGCCCCCAUGGUUCGGGUAGGGACACUUCCCAUGAGGCUGCUCGCCCUGGAUUAUGGAGCGGACAUUGUUUACUGCGAGGAGCUGAUCGACCUCAAGAUGCUUCAGUGCAGGAGGGUUGUCAAUGAGGUGCUCAGUACAGUGGACUUUGUCGCCCCUGAUGACCGAGUGGUCUUCCGCACCUGCGCGAGAGAACAGAACAGGGUUGUCUUCCAGCUGGGGACUUCAGAUGCAGAACGAGCCCUUGCUGUGGCCAGGCUGGUAGAGAAUGAUGUAGCUGGUAUUGAUGUUAACAUGGGCUGUCCAAAAGAAUAUUCCACCAAGGGAGGCAUGGGAGCUGCUCUGCUGUCAGAUCCUGACAAGAUUGAGAAGAUCCUCAGCACUCUGGUUAAAGGGACACGAAGACCGGUGACCUGCAAGAUUCGCAUUCUGCCAUCGCUGGAGGAUACCCUGAGUCUUGUGAAGCGGAUCGAGAGGACUGGCAUCGCUGCCAUCGCCGUCCACGGGAGGAAACGGGAGGAGCGACCUCAGCACCCCGUCAGCUGUGAGACAAUCAAAGCCAUUGCUGAAACCCUCUCCAUUCCGGUCAUAGCCAAUGGGGGCUCUCAUGACCACAUCCAAAAGUAUCUGGACAUAGAGGACUUCCGACAAAUCACCGCGGCCUCUUCAGUGAUGCUGGCCCGAGCAGCCAUGUGGAACCCAUCAAUCUUUUGCAAGGAGGGUCUUCGGCCCCUGGAGGAGGUCAUGCAAAAGUACAUCAAAUACGCGGUGCAGUAUGACAACCACUACACCAACACCAAGUACUGCUUGUGCCAGAUGCUGCGAGAACAGCUGGAGUCACCUCAGGGAAAGUUGCUUCAUGCCGCCCAGUCUUCUCAGGAAAUCUGUGAGGCCUUUGGCCUUGGUGCCUUCUUUGAGGAGACCACACGGGAGCUGAAUGCCCGGCGGGCUGAGCUCUUGGCCCAGAACCCAGAGGAGGCGAAGGAGCCAGUUGAAGACACAUCCGGUAUCAUGAAGAUGGCUGUCAAGUUUGACCGGAGAGCAUACCCACCCCAGAUCACCCCCAAGAUGUGCCUGUUGGAGUGGUGUCGGAGAGAGAAGCUGGCACAGCCUGUAUACGAGACAGUUCAACGCCCUCUAGAUCGUCUAUUUUGCUCUGUUGUCACUGUUGCUGAGCAAAAGUAUCAGUCUACCUUGUGGGAUAAGUCCAAGAAACUCGCAGAACAGGCUGCUGCCAUCGUCUGUCUGAGGAGCCGAGGCCUCCCUGAGGGUCGCCUGGGUGAGGAGAGUCUUUCCCUGAAGAAGCGCAAGCGGGAGGCCCCUGAUCAAGAUCCAGAGGGUCCCAGAGAUCAGGAACCAGGACUUCCUGUGGUGGUGUGCAAGAAACCCUUUGUAGCCUUGGGAAGUAGUGAAGACAGCCUGCUGGAAGGCUGUUCCCGAUGA